AUGGCUUUUUCAGUAACCCCUCUAUUAAUCCACUUAAAGAUUGCAACUUCAGUAAAAAUUUUUCUAAGCUGAGCUAUUUUGAAUAAUUUUUCAACAGCCAUGCUCAUUUUUUCAUUAUCAAACCUUGGCUUUCCAGACAAAAAUUGUGAAUUUUUCUUGAUUAUGUCAGUUUCUUCUAUCAUUAUUAAAGGCUUUCUAAUUUCUGAAUAUUUUUUAAUUUUCUUUUCAAAUUCAUAA